AUGCAAGGCUGCGCGAAUGAUGUGACGGGUCAAAUCCUAUUAGAUACAAAGAAGAAGAAGAAGAAGAAGAAGACGAAGAAGAAGAAGAAUAAAAAGAAGAAGAAGAGGAAAAAGAAGAAGAAGAAGAAACAAUUAUUGAAUAGCAAUAAUUUAUCUUCUAAACCAAUCGAUUUGAUGUUACAUCAACAGAUGGUAGAAUGGGGCAAGGUCUCGUUACGGUCGUCUUCCACCAACAAGUUGCUCGGGGUUGCUGUUGCAGUGUUGCUGCUGUGUGUCUGCGUUGCUGCAGGCCAGAGUUGGCACUGUGGCAGGGCCGCUCAAACCAUCAUGGGCAUGUGUAACAGCUGUUACGCCUCACACGACAAAAGAAGUACUUCGAAAUCAUCUUAUACACCAGCAAAGCCUUUUCUACACAAAAGAAAUGCAGUGCACUUCCUAAAAUCGGCAACGCGGGAAAUAGAAAACCGGCCCUCUAUAGGUGACACAGCGGUAAUGUCAGUGGAGAGGAGGUCAUCAAGGUCAUCAGGUCACCGCGGUUUCAUUCACGAGUGCUGUAACAAGUUCUGCGAUCCGGGCGAAAUGAUAUUGUACUGCUGCGAAAGACGUCAAAUAGAAUGGGCCCGAUUUCAUAAUCUUUUAAAAGCAUAACAUGCAUUUGAAGUAAAAAAAAAAAACCCGCCACAAUCAAACAUACAACAACAACAUCUUGAUCACCAUCAUCGUCAUAUUCACCAUCAUCACCAUCAUCGUCGUCGUCAUCAUCUUCACCAUCAUCAUCUUCCUUAUCAACGACACCAACAUUUUCACUAAAAUUUAUUUAUUAGAGUGCAUAGAAGCUUUAAAGACAACAUGACUUGCUUUUAGUAAAUUAGACAUUGACUUGGCUUAGCGAAAGUGGUGCUUGCAAUUACCAAAAAAUAAAUCGCAUCUUGCAUAUUUAAUCUAAUAAGUAAUAUUUAUUGAGCGCUUAUCUUUUAGCUUAGCGCUCGCUUUAAGUCACAUAUAUUGUCAGUCUUCAUUUUACUAUAAGCUGCCUUUUAUGUUUUACUCUAAAAUAUAUACCUACUGUACGAUGGCACUGAUAAAGUGUUAUUUUUUUACUCAUGCCGGGUGACUCAAUGUGUAUUUUCUCUUAACGAAUCAAAUAUUCGUAUUACGAAACACCCGUCAAAUCUGUUCUUUUAUUUGCCUAUUUCUGAUAUAGAUUUCUAUACUAAAUUGGUAAAGAAUCUUAUUGAUUUUUAAGUAGUCUUGUAUACGUGAUGGUGAAUGUAUUCCGCGUUCAGAUUCUCUGUUUAUACAUAAUGUGCUUUAAAACUAAAUACCUUUUUUGUCACUGAUAAAUCAUAAACGGCAUAACAACUGUUCGAAUCGUAAGGAAGUCAAACCUACUCGAGUAAAAGCUGAAUAUGGUAGUCACAACAUAGUGAAAUUAGACAUAAUUUUGAAUCAAUUGAGAGAAGCUGAACGGAAACAUGUGAGGUGGAAAAACCCAUGCACUUUGAAAGAAGGGAAACUUUGGGAAAGUUUGCAUAUUGUCUGCUGCUUUUAUUGAAGCGGUCUCUUCUGCAUGAUAAGGAAAGCAUGCUGCUAGUAUUGAUUAUAAACAAAAGUAAAAAAACGAAAUCGAAGAAAGUACAAGUUACCUAUAUCCAGAAAAGGGCCCCCUUUUCUGAUAUCAUGAAAUAGUAGGCUAUAUCUGUGUUGUGGUUGCAUGACCAUUACGAAAAACAACAUAAAAGGUAAGUAUGUACGAAUGAUAACCAAGAAUAUAAAUAAACAAAUUCUGAAAGAACGAACAUGAAUGUAGAAAUAUAAUCAAAUUGCCAAGUGUAUGAUUGUAAAUUGAAAUGUCAAUUUCUAAAACUGAUGUCAGACUGCAUGAGCAUCAUUGAUUUUUGGAAGAUAUUGACAUUUAGCGAAAAUGUGAAUUCUCCCAGUGAAUUACAUUGACGGUAAUAUACAUCGAUCAGACAAUUAACAUUCGUUUGUUGGUAUCUUGAUUUACAAGGAGUAACUUUUUGCCAUCAGUGAUUUGUAGUUAAGGUCAAUUACCCAAUGUCUUGAGAAAGGAGACAUAGCGUCGGCGAUAUGUCUGAUAAUAGGCGAAUCCCAGAUUUGAAAUGUAAUAUGAUCCUAAAUCGACCCCUAUUCAUAUCAUACUUCACUCCUCCCCCUAUAUUCUAUUUCGUUUUCUUUUCUUUUUUCAAUGAAAGAAAAACGAUUGAUUAUAGGAAUCCACCGUUUAUUGUUUUCCGAAUUUGGUCACAAAUACAUGCUAGUCAAUUUUGUUAGAUACAGUCGACAUAGAAUCAUGAAAGAUAAUAAUUAAUUUUAUAGCAUUUACUUUGCACUGUAUAGUGGAUUGGCUUGCCUUGACAAUUGAUCAGAUUGUGAAACGAAUUUUACCGUGUAUAUACUCAUGCAUUCCUCGGAAAAAAAUAUACAUAAUGUAAAGUCAAAGGAAGUGUUAUAUUCUGUUUAAAACGCUUAUUAUUGUGAAUGGUACGGGUAUGUGAAUGCAAGCUUGUACAAAGAUCACGCUAUGACGUUAUAUUUUUGUGAUUUAUUUUUUGCUUUUGAUGUAAAUUUGUUUCGAUGCAUCAUUGGAGAACGAAGCGAAAUAAAAUUGUUUUAUGUC